UGGCCGCUGCAGGGCAACACCCCGGCGUCCCUGGAAGCGGGGAGCCGGGGUGGUGCUGGGGGAGCUGCGCAGAGCCGGGAGCUAGCGCCCAGGGCCUCCCGGGGUGGGGGACAGGCGUUCGAGCCCAGACCAGUCAUGGCGGGAAGACCCAUCCGCAUAGGAGACCAGCUGGUUCUGGAGGAAGAUUAUGAUGAAACCUACAUCCCCAGUGAGCAAGAAAUCCUUGAGUUUGCCAGAGAGAUUGGGAUUGAUCCCAUAAAGGAACCAGAGCUGAUGUGGCUGGCGCGGGAGGGCAUCGUGGCCCCACUGCCUGUGGAGUGGAAACCAUGCCAGGACAUCACAGGUGAUAUUUACUAUUUCAACUUCGCCAACGGGCAGUCCACGUGGGACCAUCCCUGCGAUGAGCACUAUCGGAACCUGGUGAUCCAGGAGCGGGGGAAGCUGUCGGCUCCUGGGGCCAUUAAGAAGAAAGAAAAGAAAAAGAAGAAGGAAAAAAAAGACAAGAAGGACAAAGAGACCUCCAGAAGUCCCCUGGCCCCGGGCUCCUCAUUGGCCCCUGUCCACGUUCCUCUCGGGGGCCUGGCCCCAUUAAGGGGCCUGGUGGAUGCCCUGCCGUCUGCUCUUCAUGGACCUCAAAGUGUGAGCCUGGGGAGCUCGGCGGAGUCUGGUCAGCUCGGAGAACUCUCGCUGCUGUCACAGGGUCUCAAGACUUCUGCUUAUACAAAGGGUGUCCUGGGCUCCAUCCAAGAGGACAAGAAUGCUCUCAGCCUCUUGGCUUUAGGGGAGGAGACCAAUGAGGAGGAUGAGGCAGAGAGUGACCACCAGAGUGUCCGCAGCUCAAGUGAGCUUCUUAAGAACCUGCAUCUGGACAUCGGGGCGCUGGGGGGUGACUUCGAGUAUGAGGAAUCUCCAAGAACGAGCCAGCCAGAGGAAAAGAAGGACAUCUGUCUGGAUUCUGAUGCUGCCGGUCCCCCUACUCCCGGCAAGCUCUUCAGCCAAGGUGCAGACAGCAGCCUGAGCAGCACCGACAGCAAAGGGCAGCGGGGAAGAGGGGCAAGUUGGUUCCCAGAAAAAGAAAAGAAUGAGAAGGAUGAUCCUGGGACGUCCAGGAGUGUGGGGGACCCUGGGGGAGAUCAGCCUGCCAAAGCCAAUAAAAAAGAGGCGCCAGAGGACCCAGCAGAUGCAAGAGAGGAGGGUUCCGGGAAGGAGGAGGCAGCGAAGGAGCUAAAGGAGGAGGCUUCCGUCCCGAAAGAGAGCAGAUCAGAGGCGAGCGAAGAGUCGGAGAUCAGUGACCACGUGAAGGAGCUACAGCUGUCAGACUCGACUGCUUCUGACCCCACGUCCUUGCUUGGCCUGGACUUUGGUUUCCGCAGCCGCAUCUCGGAGCACCUGCUUGAUGUGGACAUGCUCUCCUCGGUCCUGGAUGGAGCCCGCUGGGAGGCCCAGAGGUUGGGAAGAGAAGACAAGGAUGCCAGCCAGUCCAGCCAAGAUGAGCUGCAGAGCAAGCAGUCCAGAGGCUCAGAGAGGUUAUCUCCUCCUCUUCUGCCUGGGGAGCAGCUCCAGAGUCCCCUUCACAGCCAGGCCACGAAUGAAGGGCCUCUGCAGCCCCUGGAGGGGCAGCCUGAGCGGAAGGGGGCAGAGGAGCCUGGGGAGGGCUCUGCAGGCAGCCCCGCGCCCCCUGUGUCCCUGCAGAGGGAGGAGAUCCCAAGCCCACCUGCUGCCCACGGAAAGGGCGAGGAGCAGCGCUCCCAGGCGGAGGGGCCGGGCCCGGGGCAGGAAGAGGCCGAGGAGCCCGAGGAGAAGGUGGCGGUCAGCCCCACCCCGCCAGUCUCUCCAGAGGUAGAGAAGAGGGCAUGGCACACCAGGCGGGGCCACGUGGGGAAGGACCAGAGUUGGCCAGCAAGUGGAAGAGGCAAGAAGGAAGAGAGAGACCCAGAGCCUUUAUUGGGGUUUUCGUGGGAAGCAGUGGGUGAGGCAGGGCGAUCUGCAGAGCCUGCAGCUCCCCCAGAGCAGCUCUCAGAGGCUGCCCUGAAGGCCCUGGAAGAGGCCGUGGCCCAAGAACUCGAGCAAGAGCAGAGGCGGCUCCUGGAGUCGAAGCAAGAGCAGAUGCAGCGGCUGCGGGAGAAGCUGUGGCAGGAGGAGGAGGCAGAGGCCCUGCAGCUUCACCAGCAGAAAGAGAAGGCGCUCAGUUCUCUGAAGGAGCAGCUGCAGAGAGCCACCCAGGAAGAGGAGACCUGGAUGAGAGAGCAGGAGAGCCAGAGGCUGUCCCGGCUCCGGGCCCAGGUGCGGUCCAGCACGGAAGUGGAUGAGGACCAGAUCAGGGCCGAGCACGAGGCUUCCCUGCAGAGGCUGCGAGAAGAGCUGGAGUCCCUGCAGGAGGCCGAGCGGGCCAGCUUGGAAGAGAGAAACAGGCAGACGCUGGUGCAGCUCAGGGAAGAGAUGGAGGCUUCGGAGAAGAGAGAACAGGCCGCCCUGAACGCGGAGAAGGAGAGGGCCCUGCAGCAGCUGAGGGAACAGCUGGAAGGGGAGAGGAAAGAAGUGGUGGCAGUGCUGGAGAGAGAGCACAGAGAGGAGCUGGAGCGGCUCUCUUCCUCGCUGGAGGCCAAGCACAGGGAGGUGGUCUCCAGCCUCCAGAAGAAGAUAGAGGAAGCUCAACAGAAAGAGGAGGCCCGGCUGCAGGAGAGCCUUGGGCAGGCGGAGCAGCGAGCUCAUCAGAAAGUUUACCAAGUGCUGGAGUAUGAGCGGGAGCUCAGCGGCCUCCUGAGGGAGAAGCGCCAGGAGGUGGAGCGGGAGCACGAGAGGAAGAUGGACAAGAUGAAGGAGGAGCACCAGCACGUGGUGGCUGAGGCCAGAGAGCAGUACGAAGCUGAGGAGAGGAAGCAGCGGGCUGAACUCCUGGGGCACCUGACGGGAGAGCUGGAGCGCCUGCGCAGGGCGCACGAGCGAGAGUUGGAGACGCUGAGGCAGGAGCAGGACCGGCAGCUCGAGGACCUGCGGCGGCGGCACCGGGAGCAGGAAAGGAAACUCCAAGAUUUAGAGGUGGAACUUGAAACCAGAACCAAGGAUGUCAAGGCCAGAUUGGCUCAGCUGGAUGUCCAGGAGGAGGCCGCCCGGAAGGAGAAGCAGCAGCUCCUCGACGUGCAGAGGCAGGCUGCGCUUGAGAGCGAGGAAGCCACAGCCACCCAUCAGCACCUGGAGGAGGCAAAGAAGGAGCACACCCACCUGCUGGAGUCAAACCGGCAGCUCCGAAGAAUUCUCGAGGCGCUUCAGGCCCGCAAGUUGGAGCUGGAGUCCCAGGUGGACCUGCUGCAGAAGCAUGUCAGUGACCUGGAGGCCAAAGCUCAGAGGAAGCAGGACGUGCUGAAAGAGCUGGCAGUAGAGGAGAGUCAUGCUUCCUCACGUUUUGAGCCCGAUCUCCACGUUGAGGACCUGAGGAAAUCCCUGGGGACGGGCAAAGAGGAGACUGACUUGUCCUUGGACAGCGUCCGGCACUACCUCUCUGCCGAGGGGGUGGCUCUCCGCAGCGCCAAGGAGUUCCUGGUGCGGCAGACGCGCUCCAUGCGGAGGCGGCAGACGGCGCUGAAGGCCGCCCAGCAGCACUGGCGCCACGAGCUGGCCAGCGCUCAGGAGGCGGCCAAAGACCCGCCAGGCACCAAGGCCCUGGAGGACGUGGGCAAGGACCUGGAGGAGGAGACCAGGCACCUGGAUGAGAUGAAGUCGGCCAUGCAGAAGGGCCACGACCUGCUGAAAAAGAAGGAGGAGAAGCUGCAUCAGCUGGAGUCUUCUCUCCGGGAGGAGGCUUCCGAUGAAGACACUCUGAGAGGACCCCCCACCAAGAAGGUGGUGACCUUUGACCUCAGCGACCUGGACGAUGGGAGCAGUGACAGUUCCGAAUCCUGCCCCCUGCCUCACAUCGGCCCGACCCCGAGCCCCACCUCCCCCCACAAGAUCCACUACCUGAGCAGCUCCCUGCAGCGAAUCAGCAGCCAGCUCAACGGCGUCCUCAGCUUGCUGGGCAGCCUCGAUGCCCAGCCGCCGCCGCUCCGUGCCCCCACGCCUGCACCGCGCCCCACCCAGGCCUCCUGGAGCACCCCCGCCCCUUCCUACCCCUCCCUGGCCCGGCUCUCAGCCUCGUCCCCGGCUCCAGCCACAUCCACCCAGUGGGCCUGGGACCCGGGGCGGGGCCCCAGACUCUCCUCCUCCGUGUCUCAGACUGUGGACGACUUCCUGGUGGAGAAGUGGCGCAAGUAUUUCCCAACUGGCAUCCCAUUCCUCAGCAGCGGCCCUACCCCCCUGGAAAACAGGCUGGGGUACGUGUCUGCCAGUGAGCAGCUCCGCCUGCUGCAGCGUCCCCACUCCCAAGUCUCCGAGGUGGGCACCAGCGUCCACCACAUGAUCGAGGCUAACCGGAAGUGGCUGGAACAUUACAAGAGUGACCCCAAGUCACAUCUCUACUCCUCCGUGCCCAAGCCAACGGCCGGUUCCGGCCUCCUGCAGCUGGGCCUGGAUGAGAACAACAGACUGAAGGUGUAUCACUACUGAGGCCCUGAGUCCUGAGCCGGGGGGGCGGUCUGGCCUCUCCUGCGCCCAGACCAAGUGCCCGAGUUGCUGCCUGCACUUUACUCCCUCUCAUAAAGCAUCCUCCCAUCCCUUUGCUGCUCGCCUCACUCAGAACUUAGAGGAACCACGGGGGACUGGGGGAAAAGGAUGGUAUGACCGGAGACAGUAAGCCACCCCCCAAGACCAUGUGACAUACCUCAGGCUGCCCUGUGUGACCGCUGCGAGAACCUGACACCACUGACGUGGGCUAGCAGGACCGGGAUCCUUCAGGAGGAAGAGGUGGCAUUGGAGGAGCUGCCUUCUUUAGAGGCCAGGGGACUCCCUUUGGAGUGGAGUUGGUCUCUUGGACCUGCAGGGUCUGCUUUGGAGUUCCCAGGGUCACAUGUGCGGUCCUUAAUUCGCCAGAACAAAGGCCCCCGGUAUGUCUGUACCCUGGGACCAGGCCCUGUCUCUAAUACCUCAGCCGUGUAGAGAUCAGACUUUUUUUUUUUUUUUUUUUUAAUGUCCCUUUUCUUGAGUGUUCUGCCUCUCGUUUUGACUCUCUCAGGAUUGGGCCCAGAGCCUGGUGGGAGGUGGCUGGAGACUGGCCCCAGAAGUUUUGCUGCCUGUCUUCCCUCUGCUGGCCCCGGGCUUUCCUCAGGGGCCGUCCUCAGGAGCACCCCCUUCCCCUUCCCUGGGGCUCCUCCCAGAGCAUCCCAGCUAGAUUCUCAGGGCGUAAGCACCCAGCUUUCAGGAAGCCAACAGGCCAUGGGAAAAGCCUGGGAUGGCUUCUGGUCCUCAUCUUGGUUUUCUCUUCCUGGCCCACCUUGGGUUUAUGCAUGGGUUGUUUCCAUUUAUCUCUUCCACCUGUGCCACCCCAACCCCAUCCCCUUGCCACCCCUUCUCAGAGCUUGGAGACUUGUUUCAAAGGAGGUAAGGGGCCUGGCCUUGUGGGGGAGGGAUCAAGUGCCAAUGGGAGCUGUCAUUCUGGCACACACCCUGCUGCCCCACCUCCCAUCAGCAGGCUCCUCAGGGGACAGGCAGGGGGUGUUCAACAUCUGUCCCACUGUUUAAAAUACCCCCAUUUUUCUUGUCCUGAAAGCUAUAGGGUUGCCUUUGCCUCUCCAAUGCAUAGAAACCAACUCUCCACCAUCCCACCCCUCGUUUCUCUGUCGUGGGAUAAGAUACUAAGAUCCAAUUGGCUUGUUUACCCGCAGCUACUUUUUCAGCAUCCGUCUACCACGUGGAAUGUCCAUUUUGUCAUUUGGUUCAUGCUGUGUGCUCUGGGGAUAGCUCAUGUGUUACCACCAACUCUGGUGACAAUCCUGUGUUUUCUACAUCAAUUAAAUCUCUGCAGGUCCAUUUGUUACAAGGCA